CCAUCUAGUUUUGCAGCUGUAUUUUCUGGGAAAACAAUAACAAAAAUUGUUAAAACACAAAAAACAAUUAAUUGCGAUGCGCUGGCCGUAAUAAUAAUUUAUGGUAAUGGCAAGUAGCUCCAGCUCCGACGAAAGUUGCAAGGCCCCCGACAACUUCCGCAUAUCGAGCGCCUCGACGAACGGCGAGGAGGACGAAGCAGGAUACACAACAAAGAGAAGGCCCGCUGGAAAGGCAAAGGAGCCUCCUAGGGCCAAUGCCAAUAUCAAGGAUGCGGGCGCGGGCAUGCGGUGUCCGCUGUGCCACAGCUGCAGCGCCAACCGUUACCACUGUCGGAAUUGCGUCAGAAACGGGAACAUUACUCACAGCCAGGCAGAGAGGCCGGAAAGUUUAACGGAGAAGCAGCAGCGCUACAUCAAUCUGCAGGCGGGGCUCAAGACCUUCAGCAGUCGCUAUGAAAAGCUGAUCGAGCAGCACCGCUCCAACGAGAAUCGCCUGAUGGCCAUCAAGGCGAAGAGAAAGCAACUGGAGUUGAUCCACCAGCUGAUCGGCAGCACGGGCCAGAGGCUGCGCGUCUUGGGCGAGCGGCGCGAUGAGCUGCGACGGGCCAACGCUGAAAAGCGCAAGAACCUACCGAAGUAUCCGGACAAGGUGAAGAUGCUGGAAGAUUACGUCCUGGACAGAGUGGAGAAGAUCGAAACGCUGAGGGAGACCCAUUGUCAGCUGCUAGACGGCAUUAAACAGGCGGCACGGCGCGGCAUCCAGCAACUGGUCACCUAUAUUUUCCCCAUCGCAGAGGUGGUCCUCAAGGAGGAGCAGCAACGCAGGGCCAGCGUGGAGCGCAGCGAGGAAGCGGAAACCAUUGCAGCCCUGGCGGAUGCCAAAAACACCUCGUACAUACGCGGCAAAUGGGUGUUCCAUGGCAGCGGAAUCAGCGAGGUUCAGUACCGCAUCGUCGGACCUUCGUUGCCGGCCAAUGGCGAUUACACCGCCUACCUGGACUGGCUGGCGGACAACAAGGACGAUGUUCCGAAGGCCACCGCCAACGAGAUUACGCCUAGCAGAUUCGAGGCCUACCGAAUUGUCGGCGCUCUUACCUACACGGCACAGCUGACGCAGCUGCUCAGCUUCUACCUGAACGUGCGGCUGCCGCACAAGAUCGCUUAUGGCGACUUCUGCCGCAAGUUGCUUAACGAGGAGCAGUUCCGGCGAAAGAUAUCGCGUCUCAACUCCAACAUCAUGUAUCUGGCCUACACGCAGCAGGUAAAAUUGCGCGCGCUCAACGAGCAGCACACCUUGGAGAACCUGCUGGCCAUUCUCGAUCUGGAGCGCAGCGACCUGGGCCGCUUCGGUCAUCUGGAUGUAACGAAUGCGCCGCUCAUGAAAUCGGUAGACUCUCUACUAAUCGGCAUCGAAACGGCCACGGAAUCGGAGUCGGAGGAUGAAAACUCUCUGCGCAUGGACUGGGAGGCGGUGCCUAGCCUCACUCCGCAGCCGGAGUUAGCGGAUCCCAAUCAAUUGCCGGCGGCCAACCAGCAGUCAACCAUUGCCUUUGUGCGAAUGGCGGCCACGUCGGUGCUGCGCUGGAUCAAGUGAUCAAUGGUCCUCUCCGGCGAUAUCAGGCACGUGUGUUAUCCUUUACAAAUUAGGCUAAGUUAUCGUUUCUGUGACAGCGUGCAGUAGUCGCUGGUUUUAGCGUUAUCUUUCGGUUUACAGAACUAACAAUUUUGUGUCGUUCUUCAAUCACAUAAAUACAUAUACAUAUAUGCUGUGUAAAAGAA